UUGUUCUAUCUGUGAUUUUACUGUGGUGACCUCUUUGUUGCCUAUCUACCCUGAACCUCUGUUUUCCACCCCUGCUUGCGAUCAGAGAUGCCGGGGUUGGAUUCAUCGCCAAGCGUUGACAAAACUGUGGAAGACAUUGGAAGACUCCCACCAGAUUUAUUGGCAGAAACAUGUCAGCAGAUUCUGAGUCAUCUCCAAGGACAGGUCAGGGGAGUGGAUUCUGCUGAAAUCUCUGAUAAGUUUCAAAGAGCUGGGAUCCGACUUGACCAAGAGGCUCUACAGGAGGUUGUCCAAUUUCUCUUCUUAACGUUCAGGUCGACUGAAAAGAACAACCUCUCUGCUGAUGUACUGGUAGCUAGGCUGGGAGAGGGCAGCAGUAAGUGGUCCAAAGCUGCCCUUCAGGUGCUCCAUCGGCUAUGGAGUGAUCAGGGUGCCCAAGUCAACACGCAUCAAGAGUCCCAAGCCAUGCUUAGCAUCGGACAGCUGGUGGACAUGCAGUGGAAGCUGGGCAUGGCGGUGAGCUCGGACACCUGUCGCUCUCUCAACUCCCCCCACGUCUCCCUCCUGUUGAAGAUCGCAGACACCUCUGGACAGAUCUCCCAACGGUCCUUUGAAAUGACCAUUGCACAAUUCCAGAACUUCUACAGCCAAUUCAAGGAGAUGGCAGCUGUUUUGGAAACAGUAUGAUGCUCUGUGGCCCAGAAACCCCUCUUCGAUGAGAAUGCCAUGCCCUUAUUUACAUCAUUGGUAAUGUUUACGCUCAAAGCAUUUUGUGUCCACGAAUGCUCAAUUCCAGUGGUGUGAAAAUACUUUAAAGUAUCUUUACUUUACUAUUUAAAGUUUUUACUUCACUACAUUCCCAAAGAAAAUGAUGUACUUUUUACCCUAUGCAUUUUCCCUAACACCCAAAAGUACUCGUUACAUUUUGAAUGCUUAGCAGGACAGAAAAUGGUCUAAUUCGCACACUUAUUAAGAGAACAUCACUAGUCAUCCCUACUGCCUCUGAUCUGGCAGACUCACUAAACACAAAUGCUUUGUUUGUUAAACAAAUAAAAAAAUACAAAUGGAGUAAAACCUGCCUCAGUCUACUGAAUACCUAACCCUGGGAUAGAGUUUAAUUUUUCUGUGCGACAAUACACCAUAAUGGCUUUCCAAGAGAUUGCGUGGUCCAGUCUUAAGUCAAUCAAUGAACACCUACAAAAUUGACUGAGCUGGAGCAAUUUUGACAAAACAAUGGAUAUACAGGUUAUUGGGCCACUAUGAGCCAGAACAGCUUCAAUGCGCCUUGGCAUAGAUUUUGCAAGUGUCUUGAUCUCUAUUGCAGGGAUGAGACAUCCAUUAUUUUUGGUGUUUUGUUGGUAGUGGUGGAAAACAUUGCCUCAGGCGCCGCUCCAGAAUCACCCAUCGGUGUUCAUUUGGUUGAGAUGUUGUGACUGAGAAGACUGGCGUAUGAUUUACAUUUGUUGUCAUGCUCAUCAAACCAUCACUCAACUCUGAGGUGUAAAUGUUUUAAUUUAGGUAAAAAAUCAAAUACACAUUUCACUUUGAACAUGUGGAUCAGGUUGUGUAGAUUAGUAGGGGGAUUGAAUCCCUUUUUAGAUGUUUGAAAGCUGUGAAAGGGUUGUGUAGUAUGGUUAAGAAAGGGUGUGUGGUCUGGCUGAUUCCGGACUCGAAGUCCUCCUAACUUCAGAGUCCGGGGAGGCUGUUUGGCGUCGGCACGAUGCACAGCCACCUUCAUUUCUGUUGCUUUUACUGUUUGGUUCUCCUUUCUCACUCAAACACCCACAUGGACAGCCCCCUUCCAUUACAACUGAUGGAUUUUCAAAUCCAAACUAGAAAUAGAAGCUCACUCUAUUUCUGAGCUAAUGUUGUAUGAACAAGCAAACUCCUGUCCAGAACAGUGGGGUACAACUCUCCCUCGCUGUGUACCAUGAGGUCUGCGUCGGCCAGGCUAGUGAGUGUGCACUUGGGAAGAAACAGAUCAGUCAAGUUGUCUCUUUUUAAUUCCCAAGUGCAGCAUUAACUAACUUAUUUCAUGGAUAUACCUGGUGGUGCCUAUUAUUCUUAUUUGUGCCAAAUCACCUGUGCUCUUAUUCUAUCUUUUAAAUGAUUCUGAAAGCAGCUGUUACUUUUAGUAAUGUGUUAUGCAUUCUUAUUGAUGUAUACAUGAAAUAUUCCUUUGCCUUUUGCUUAUUUUUGUUGCACUUUGACCCCAGGGUACUACACCUUUAUAUCUGUAAUGUUAUCUGUCGUUUUCAUCACGAAUGGACUAAAUAACAAGUACAAUUUGUUUCAUUUGAUACAGACAGCCAUUUGGUUUUGGGGUCACUUCCAUUUCAAUUCAGGAGACAAGUAGAUUUUCUAAUCCCAGGCGAGAGUGUGAGCCUUUAUAUGUUGCUGAUAACUGUGGCCCCUUAUGUGUGUGCACCUUGAAAGGUUAGCUUUCAGUAUUAGCCAGAAACGGACAGUUCGGGAAAAUGCCAGAUGGGCUGGUCUAUCUUUAACCCAGUGGGCUUGUCUCAAUUGAGGGUUUUGCACUGAAUUAUUAUUUGGCUAAUAAUGGGGCCUCAAUGGAAAAAUGGGCAGGUGUGGGGGCCUUCUAGGAAAAACAAAUAUGCUGAUGGGUUAGAAAUGCCCUGGCAGAUGUCUGGUUCCAGGAUAAAGCUGCCAGGAAGGGUGGAGGUAGUGAAAGGCUCCUGGGGAAGACCUUUUUCUGUUUUGUUUUAAAUAAACACCAUUAACCAAUGUA